AUGUCGCUUGCCAGAAUCUACGGAAUGCAGGCCCGACUGCGGACACAUUUGCAGAAGAGUGUCGUGAAACUGUCCACGAGCGUACCAACUCAACCGCUAGAAAGUGCACCCCGGCGGUACAUCGGUACUGGCUUGGUGCUUCAAGACAAACUAGCACCGAAGGCGGUCCAAAAGCAUGACUGGAAUCGUGCCGUUAGUGAGGCGGAAAAGAUUGUUGGCUAUCCGACGUCGUUCCUGAGCCUCCGGUGGCUUUUGAGCGAUGAAAUUGCCAACGUAGCGCUACACCUAAGGAAGCUGGUCGGCAGCAAUCAUCCACUGCUUCGGACGGCCAAAAUUCUCAUCUACAACGGUAAAAACAACAUGCAAGCCUGGGGUCUAAUCGUUCUACUAAUCUCGAAAGCGGUCGGACAUGCACCAACCGUACCGGACCUGGAACAGGACAAAAGUGCGGGCGUCCUACAAUCACAGCGUGGACUGGCAGAAAUUACCGAAAUGAUUCGUACCGCACAACUCGUCCAUCAAGGGCUGGUAAAUCUACAACCACUGGACGGUGCUGGCAAUGAGCUGGGAAACGAUAGCGAUACCAUCUUUGGCAACAAGAUAGCACUGCUAAGCGGAGACUAUCUACUCGGAAAUGCCUGUCUACAGUUGGCAGGGCUUCGCAAUCAGCCGCUCAUCGAGCUCAUUUCAUCGGCCGUUCGCGAUUUGGCGGAAUCAAACUUUUUCGGCGAACGAGAUCAGCAAAAUAAUCCACUUCCAUCGCGUCCACUAGAAUCGCCAGUAGCUGCCGAGAAUGGUAGCAAUGGAUCGAAUGUGGAUCUUAGCUUUGGUGAUAUGGUUGACAAUACGCAACCGCUUAGUUUGGCCGGUGUGAUGGGUAAUCCGGAGAAGGAGUGGGCCUUACGGCACAUACUCGGUGCUGGGAGUUUGCUGGGGAAAAGUUGCCAAGGUGCAAUGAUGCUGGCGGGUCAGUCGGAAGCGCUACAACGACGAGGUUACAUGUUUGGGAAGCAUCUUUCCCUAGCGUGGCAAGCCUGUAUCGAUCUGGAACCGUUCAACAGUGAUGAACUGCCGGCGGGUGGACGAUUCAGUUUAGUGUCAGCACCGGUGCUCUUCCAUCUCGACCACGAUCCUACACUGUACAGUGAAAUUGAAAAGGGACUAGUUUCGAUCGACAAUGUAGACUUUGCCAAAAUACACGCACAUGUUCUUAAAGGACCUGGCCUAGAACGAACGCGCGCCUUACAGAAGAAGCAUAGCCUUGCCGCGAUGGACGUACUGAACGAGUUGCCCCCUUCGGACGCACGGACCGCACUGCAAAACAUUAUCCUUGCCAUGCAGGACAUCUAGCGUACGGUGGGGUGUUACGCGCGUGC